CCUCGCGGAGGAGGAAACGAGUCCUCAUUGAAGCUUUGUCCGUAACAACAUCCUUCUCUUUGGGAAAUAUUUCGGAUAUAUAACGCGCGAGGCAGUUAAAUCAACAGCGUUAGUUUAGUAUCUUAUUUACACAAACCCGUAUCGUAAAACCGAGGUGAUACAGGCUUCCCUUUUUGAAAAUGCUUCAGUCUUUGGCCAGCAAUUCGUGUGUGCGUUUGAUACAGAGUCACAAAUCGACGUGGUAUUUUGUAUCUUUAGUCCUGGGCUAUGUCCUGUACCUCAUAUUCGGCGCUGUUGUCUUUUCCUCGGUUGAGCUGCCUUAUGAGGACCUCCUGCGUCAAGAGCUGAGGGCCAUUAAAAAACAGUUUCUCCAGGAAAAUGAGUGUCUGUCCGAGGAGCGUCUGGAGCGGUUCCUAAAGAAAGCCCUGGAUGCCAGUAAUUAUGGGGUUUCCAUCCUGAAUAACGCAUCAGCUAACUGGAACUGGGACUUCACGUCUGCGCUGUUUUUUGCAAGCACGGUGCUGUCCACCACAGGAUAUGGUCACACAGCACCACUGUCAGAUGGUGGGAAGGCCUUCUGCAUUAUCUACUCAGUUAUUGGCAUCCCCUUCACCCUCCUCUUCCUCACUGCUGUGGUGCAAAGGAUCAUGGUGUUCAGCACGCGUAGGCCCAUCAUGUACAUCCACAGGCGCUGGGGCCUGUCCAAGCCACUGGUGGCUAUCGUUCAUGCCACUCUGCUCGCCACAUUGGCCGUUUCUUGCUUUUUCCUCAUCCCUGCCGCCAUCUUCUCAGCGCUAGAGGAGAACUGGAACUUCCUGGAGUCCUUCUACUUUUGCUUCAUUUCCCUCAGCACCAUCGGCCUGGGUGACUAUGUGCCUGGAGAGGCUGCUAAUCAGAGGUUCAGGGAGCUCUACAAAGUGGGCAUCACAGUCUACCUGAUCCUGGGUCUGAUAGUCAUGCUGGUGGUGCUGGAGACCUUCUGCGAGCUGCAGCAACUGAAGCAGCUGAGGAAGAUGUUCUACCUGAAGAAGGAGAAGCCGCAGGACCGGCUUGCCAUUGUGGAGCACGACCACCUGUCCUUCACUACCGUGUCCAACAGAGCCACGGCUUACAGUGAGGGCAAACCCCAGCCGUUUGUAAGCGUCCCAACCCUGGCCUCUCCCAAUGAUGAUCCCAUGAUUCAGUAAACACAGACAAAGCAAACAUCUGUUGAAGGAUGAAAAUAUGAAAGUAGGGGUUAAUGCACACCAGACUUUAAGUAGAUAGAAGGAGUAGAUCAGCUGUAGGAAAUCCACAAAGCUCAGCCCUGCAAAUUUUAGUUAAACUAGGUGAGACUAUUCAGAUUGAGCAAACAAUCUCCUUUAUCAAAUACUGACAAUGUAGUGCUAUGCAGAAGAGAUUAAAUUAAUUGAAAGAUAAACGUAAUAAUUUAACAGUGAUAAAAGAAAAGCCCUCUGCUCUAUGACUUACAGGAGAUGAGCUCCUGUAAAAGCUGUGCUAAUUAUUGCAUAUUUAGAAACUUUUUAGAAAGUAAUUGGUCUCUCAAAUCUAGAUGAAAUAUAGGACAUUUCUCAGUAGUCUGUCACAUAAUAGUACAAAAACAUAUAUGUAUCUUAUAAAUAGAGAUGCUUGACAGGUGUGUGGAAUGUACAUAAUCAGGUAAAUGUAUUAAGAUGUACAGUGUAGAGCCACUUAGAAUUAACACACCUGUGUUAAAGAUGAGCCGAAGUGUAGCCAAAACCGAACAAAAUAAUUAAUCAUUUGAGUUCAAAGUGUUUUUAUGUAUUUUUCUCAGCUGAAACUUCAACAGGAAUGUACCCUGGCAUGUUUUCUGACAGCGCUUGUUGCAAACCAAUCAAAGUUUGUUGGUGGGUACACUCUGAAACACUUCAUUGGGUUCUUUUCAGUUGGAUUGGCUUCUAUUGAUUUUUGGGGAUUUUUUUUAAAGUUUCAGGGGCCUGCUUUUUCCAUUGCAUGACUGAAAGAGCUUUCAGUCAAUCCUGAGCAAAGCAUCUAAAAGAAUAGACAAGACAUUGCAUGAACAUUAACUUGGCUGAGCUCAGAGGAAGAUAUCCUGAAAGUAAGACUUUUUUUUGCAAAACAACAAGUUUUGUUUAAACAUUGCCAAGAUUAAACUAUUCACUCUCUUUAUAAGAAGGUAGUUUUACAGUGUGUGUUUUGUAGCAUUUUUGGCUCAUCUUUACAGAGGUGCUAACUAUUCUUUUUGGACUCCAUGUUGUCACAUGUUUCAUUGUGAGGGAUAGUAUUUGUCUGCAGAUAUGUGUGUUUCCUCAACAUGUUGCAGUGCUAUUUCAAAACAUUAUCCAUGUGUGAUUAUAAGCACUAUAAUUUAUUGAUUUGUCUAAAUGGCUUAAUGUGUGCUGGACUGUUUGAGAAGGGAAGUAGAGGUAGCCUAAAAGGGGUACCACAGAGGGGCUGGCUGGCCCCGUUGCAUUUUAUCAAUAGAUAAAAAAAAGAUCAAGAGCUCAGUUUGCACAUGUACUAGCGCCAGGCAGUGGUAAAGGGAAAAAAAAGGAAAAGGGAAAUGGUUCCAAAGAUUUCAACAGUAAAACUUGAGUUGUUUUUAAAGGAAAAAUAAUGGUACUUUUAAUGUGGAUGAUCUGUAAAAGCUUGAUAACUGCUCUAAGGUAGAAAAGAGCAAGAUGUCAAACAGAAACUAUUUUACUGUUUUUAAAUUAUUUGAAUGUAGAAAUGUAUAUUUUUGACAUAAGAAAGGUUUACAAAAUUUUAGUAGUGAUAAUUAAUUCUACACUAGAAAGAAGCAGUAGGUAAACUUAAAUUCAAGCAGUAGGAGUGCAGCUAAAACAUCUCAGUGCUGAUUAUCUAUCACAUCCGUUUUUAAUCUGCUCUUCAAUCAUGGAUAACUUUCCAGAAUUGGAUACACACACACACAAGUUUGUAUGACAUUGACAUUGCACUCCUCUGUAUUUUUGAAGAAUAUUUGUGUCUGGAAAUGCUGUAACAAAGUACUUAAUUUCAUGCCAUUAUCCAUCAAUUUCAUGCCGUUAUCCGUCCUGUAAUUUUAUUUUUGGCACUAAAAUACACCCACAUGUUCAUUGUGGCAUACUGCCACAGUGCAGACUUGUUUGUUAUUUUUUAGUACAUUUGUUAUGAAUUUUAACUUUGUCUCAGUCUCUGUGUGGAGCUGAAGUUCUGACCUCAUCUUUUUCUGCUACAUUGCAACAUCAAGACACAGUCGCAGCCUUUUAUGAAGUCUUGAAUGUAACAUUUUUUAUGGUGUUUGCUACAGUGAGAUCUUGAGGCCUGUCCAGAGUGCAGCAUUGCUCCUUGCUGCUCUGCUGGCUCUGUUAGUUUAGUGAUGACAAGUUUAUUUGUGUGUACAGGUGAGCUGCCUGUGGCAAUGUGUCAUGACCGCUUGCAAAAUUAGCUUUGAGUGUGUCAUCUUUGGAGUUUUCCACUGAUCUUUUAUACUGUAUGUUAUAGAUCAGUGGGAAUGUCCUUUUUUUCCCACCAGUUUGGCCUUCGUGUAAACUGUGAAGCAUUGAAACUGUUCAUAUUGUCUGCUGAGAAAAAGGAGAACUUGAAUUUUAAGACGUUUUACUGUUUGUAGAUACAUGAAGUAGAGUGAUGUCAAGGCUUUUACCCUUCAACUGUCUUCAGCAGUGUUUGUCAUGCACAUAAAGUUUGUCUUUAGGGUGAGAGCUGUCAAAUGACAUGUUCAGGGAGUUAAUGUUGUGUCAAGGAUUUGAAAUGGAAGCACACUGAUGUAAUUUAUUUAUGCUGACAAAAGUAACAUGUUUGGAACAUUUUCAAUUCCAGGUUUCUGUACAUAUCUCUUCAGUUGUUGUGGUGUAGAUUCAUAUGCACCAGUGAGUAUUUUAGUGUUACAAUAUGAAUCAAUUAACUGUAAAAUAUCAGUGUGUCUUAAAUAAAGUCUUAGUAUAUUAUUAUUUAA